AUGUACCAUAGAGCAGUUCAAUCGAAUGCACCCCCUUCAUUUGAUGGGAAAGGCGAACCAACCCUAGCUGAAGAUUGGGUUCAAGACAUUGAAAAGAUAUUGCGAGUGUUAACCUGCACAGAGGAACAAAAGGUGGCAUAUGCAACAUUCAAACUGACCGGUGAGGCAAAAAGAUGGUGGAUCUCAGAAAGAACUAUCCGAGAAGCAGGGGGAACAGAAAUAGUCAAUUGGCCACAUUUUAAGCAUAUUUUUCUUGAACGAUUUUUCCCAAGCUCAGCUCGAGAGGAUAAGGCAAUGGAAUUUUCCACGUUGGUGCAGGGAACCAUGACGGUGCACCAAUAUGCAGCUAGGUUCAUUGAAUUAUCCCGUUUUGCUGCGUAUGUGAUUCCUGACGAAGAAAAGAAGGCGCGUAAAUUUGAACAAGGAUUAAAUGAAAAACUAUAUGAACGAGUUGUGGGCUUCCAGAUUCAGAAUUUCACAGAAUUGGUAGAUAAGGCCACAGUUUUUUAG